AUGCGCGAGGUCAACUUCAGCAUCCCUAACGCGAACAAGGCCUCGGUCGGCAUCACACACGCCCUCUACGACCGCCGAGCCCUGGACUGCACAUCUACCCUCCCGCUCAUCAACUCCCUCAAUAACCUCGCAUACCUCACAACCUCUUCGGGUCGUAUUCGAGACAUCCUCACCGUCGAUGGCGGCAUCGAGCGCUUGGUAUGCAUCCUCAAAGAGGGGCGGAGCAAGGAUAUGAUGGACAUGUGGAAGUGGAAUCUGGCUUUUCAAUGCAUAGUAAACAUUGGCGUGAGAGGCUCAGAGCAGGUGCGCACUCGCGUCGUGGAGGCAGACAUGGUCCCAGUCAUCGCGACAAUCCUAGACAACUACUUCCAGGUCAUGGACAGGCACAGAGAAAGGGUCGAGAUGGAGAACCGACGGAAGUGCCCUUUCAGCGGAUCACGGGGCUUCUCGCGGUCUUCCAGCAGGAGCGAGACCCAGGAGCAACGCCUUGGGAGGAGUCGCAGGCAUGCACCGCCUCCUAUCUCCAUCCCAGAGUCGAGAGAACAGCCAGAAGCAGACGAUCCCGCGAGCGAAACCACGCCUACCGCACCCACUGCAAAUCUGUCGCUCAGCUCGCCUCCGGAGAGAACAGUCUUCCCGCGACGGCAGAGCCUUCAGCAAACCAAUGCUGGCGGCAGCAGCAGCAGCAGCAGCCGUGUGCAGUUCUCCUCACCACCAAUUCCCACCAACAGGCAACCUGAAGCCCCGACUUCGACAAUGACCCUGCAAAGCAACGCGAGUGGCAGCUUUGUGCGGCCUGUGCGCGACAUCGAUCGACUUCCUUCCAUGGUCACCCCAGUUCACGCGGAACUAAGUUCACAGCCUCAAUCUCCAACUACCCCCGGCGCACCCUUUCAAAGGCCUGGCAGUCCGAGGGCUUCGGCAAGCGGCACACGCCCCAGACGAAGGCCAUCUAUUCGCCAUCAGCUCUCUAUAUCCGGCUCUGACGACGAUGCGCAGCUUGAAGAAGGCGUGGAGGAGUCCAACGGCACUGAAGGAGAACCUGUCGUCAACAUCCAAAGCGAUAUUGUCAUGCAAGACAUUGGCAACGACGACGGCCUGAUGGAGCCACAAGGCAACACCCUGACGCUCAACGUACCGGACGUUACGAGCACUGACGACGAGACUUUCAACAUCACCCACCGGUCCACAGCAGACGGUAGCCUUGUCAACUCCACAACGCCUACUCAAGGACAGAUGAACCUCCCAACACCACAACUUCCGCCUCCAGUGAAUGCGGUCAAUGCGACGCCUCCAAACCUCCAAGCUCCUGGCUGGUAUCCCGCACGCGCCCUUGCUGAUCGACCCGGUGCCCUUCUCGCAGCCAUGCCGCGCGACGAGGACGUGUUGAUGUCGCUGCAGCUGCUGGCGUACGUCUCAAAGUACUGCAACUUGCGAUCGUACUUCCAGCAAUCUCGGCUCGUCCCUCGGCUAAAGAUUGGGAACGAGCUCAAGAUGCUAGACCCCGACUACAAUCCAGCGACCCACAAGUUGCCCACACAGGAAGAGCUUGAUGAAGAAUGGGAUGACGAGUUUGUGAAGAAGCCAGGAGAGCAGCCGUUCAACAUCUUCCCACUCAUUGAGAAGUUCACCGCGAAGCCGUCGACGCGGCACGGCAACACAGCAUCGCCACAGCAAGGCGAUAUGCAAUACUGGGCCGGAGUGGUCAUGCGCAAUCUCUGCCGGAAAGAUGAUAGCCGUGGAGGCAUCAGGCAAUGUGCAUACUGGCAGUGCGGGAAAUGGGAAGAAUACACCCGCCAGUUCGCCAAAUGCCGACGAUGCAGGCGGACAAAGUACUGCAGCAAGGAAUGUCAAAAAGGUGCAUGGGGAAGCCACCGCUUCUGGUGCGUUGCUGCUGAGGAUGGCAGAGAUGGAGAGGCUGGAUCGAGCGAGAGACACCACCACCGACACCACCGGCACCAUCACCACCACCAUUGA